AUGGGUAUUGACACCGGCUCCACUCUCGAAUCCAAAUACGACCUUGUGGAUCGUCAAAUAUUUCGCAGUCUAUACGCGCGAAUCAACGACUUCAAUGUAGACACCGAAUAUCCCCUCCGAAUAGGCAUCGUAUUUUGCGUUGGUCUGCCGCGGCGGUCCAGCAAUUGCAUAUUCGAGGGUGACGGAUAUAACGUGACCCUCGCCAAUCGAGCUGAAGAGGCGUUCAAGGACAUCGAAAACCCGUAUCCUCUAGUUCUCCGGAGUCUGCAGGAAGAGGUAUUGCAGUAUAACGAUCUCCUUGAUGGCGACUAUGAAGACAUAUAUUACAACCUCACAACCAAAUUAAUGACUGAUCUAGGUCGUUUUCUCGGACGCCUGGAAGCAGAUUAG